CGAGACAGCGUCAGUACGAGGCUAGCUCAAUGCAAAACGAUGCCUCAUAUUUGACGCUGCAAUGUUUACUACAAUUUGGUAAUAAACAUGGUGAAUGCAAAAUGUUAAUAUUGCUGUAAUAUAAGUGUUCCAAAUGGAGAAUCUGGUGGAGCUGCUUGGGCGUACCGUCGCUGUAAUGUCAAGUUUUGAAAUAAGCUUGAUAGCUUCAGCUGCUGUAACUGCUCUUAUAGUGGUAAUUGGAUGUCUCUUUUUCACCAGAAAGAAUAGAGGCAAAGAGCCAACCAGUCAAUCAGGGAAGCCUGUUCCGAAGCCACGGUUCAGAAAAAGGGACAAGGUGAUGUUUUAUGGCAGAAAAAUUAUCAGAAAAGUCAGGGAAUUCAAAGAUGAAGUUCUAUUUGAUGACGAUGAAGGAAAACUGCGGAGAAGAAGAUCAGAAAAAAGUCUUCGAAGGCGCAUUAUUUUGCCACCAUUUGCACAAAGAUUUUUGCAUAGACCACAAGCAGAGAUGAGAAGACUUCAGAAAGACAUACCCCAGUCUGCUCUAGAAGCUGACGAUUUUGAGGCCCCUUGCUUUGAGCCUCAUCUUCCUGCAGAGAUCAUGUAUAUGUUACGCAGUGUAAGAGUUUUUGGCAAUUUCGAAAAGCCUCUUUUCUUUGAACUUUGUAAACAUAUCGAAAGUAAACACAUCCCAGCUGGCACGCUACUGUUUAGGCCCGGCCAGAUGGAUGAUUGUCUUUAUAUAGUUCAAAAUGGACAGCUCAACUUAUACCUCGUUGACAAGACCGGGAGCGAGCUUUGUUUAAAGACGGUAAAUGCAGGCGAAAAUAUCCACAGUGUGCUGAACAUACUGGAUGCUAUUCGGGGUACCGCUGACUUUCGUUUUUCCAUCAUUGCACGUGCAAAUGUGAAUUCGCAAGUUCUCAAAUUACCAAGCAAGGCUUUUCAAAAAGUGUUUGAGGAUCAUUCCGAUUCGCUCGUCCGUAUUGUUCAGAUAAUAAUGGUUCGUUUACAACAAGUCACCUUUCAAGCUUUGAACAGAUUUCUUGGCCUAAAGAGCGAACUGAUCAGCAAUUCUUCAAAUCAGAAAGUAUCAGCAGAGCUCAAGGCACUUUCAGUGUAUUCUCUUAAUGAUGCUGGAUCCAGAAUAAGCCAGAAAGAACAGAGGGGCAAGGAGCUGAACAGUUCACCAAGUAAGUCGCCAAGCAAAAGGUCUGUGAAUCGUAUUGACGAAAUUUAUGAGAAGAUAGAAGGCGAUGAAGACGGGGAGAAGCCAAUACGAAGAACAGUUAGUUUCACCAAUUCCGUAUCUGUGAUUGGAGAGAAUUCAGAAACUUCAGAAAAGCCACUAGAUACUCCACAGAAGAUCAAAAGGACUCGGUCAUCAGAAAGAUUCAACGCAAACCAAAAAGACAGAAGACGCUCUUCGGUUUUAAGCCUUAGGUCAACAAGCAUCGAAUCGGGUGCAUCUCCAUCUGAUUUUGAGGUGGCUUGCGGAAGGGCUGGUAUUAAUAUCAUUGCAUCAUCAGACGGCGUUUUUCAUGUUGGCUCUCCCGAAAGCAGCCCUGCUUCAGAUUCUGACAUCACAUUUCAAUUUCCGUCUCACCCACCAUCCUCUGCGCAGGACGAUUCGCCGAGAUUCUUGCCAGUGUCAGAAGCGGAUGAACGAAUCAUGAAGGAGGCUGCUUUGAAAGACUUGGUUAAAAUUUUUGGUUUAGAGGAUUCGACAGAGCUGGAAGCUAUGCUCAAUCUAGCAUGCAUCCCAUUUGGAAGUGCCCUUGUUCGCCAAGGCGAUAAGAGCUGCAGCCUGUAUUUUUUGGUUCAAGGUUCACUUAGAGUAAUACAAAAGACCGAAGAAGGAGAGGAGUCCUUGUAUUCUGCUGUACCUGGUGAAUUUGUUGGCUCUCUUGCACUUCUGACUGGUGAACCGUCGUUCUUCACGAUAAGAGCAGAGAAGAAGAGCUUCAUAAUAAUUGUCAGCAAAAUUGACUUUUAUAGCCUGAUGAAAGAACAUCCAAACAGUGUUCUGCCUGUCGCAUAUGACACCAUCAAGAGACUUUCUUCCUUUGUACGAAACAUUGAUUUUGCUUUGGACUGGAUGAUGAUUGAUGCAGGGAAGUCCUUAUACAGGCAAGGUGACCACGCCGAUAGUGUUUACAUAAUACUGAAUGGUCGAUUAAGGUCUGUUUAUGUUACGCAAGAUGGCAAAAAGCAGCUCGGAGAUGAAUAUGGCCGAGGUGAAUUCGUUGGAUUGGUUGAAGUAUUGACAGAAUCUGCAAGAGUAAGCGAUGUCCUUGCUGUCAGGGAUACAGAGCUAGCGAAAAUUCCAGAUGGGCUUCUCAACACAAUUAAGCUGCAAUAUCCUCAGGUUGUGACGCGUCUUAUUCACCUUUUGGGCGAUCGCAUGAUGGGAACUUUCAAGAAGUCUCUGUUACCAAAGAUGUCAGACCCUCAGCUUGAGAGAAUAAGUACCAAUCUUGGCACAGUUGCUGUGAUACCAGCCUCUAGCAAUGUCCCGUACUCAAAUUUUGCAUUUGAGCUUAGCCUGGCAUUGAAUGAAAUAGGACCAACGCUCCUCUUGACGAGUGAUUUGAUAAAGAGAAGACUUGGUGUUGCAGCUCUUGACAAUUUGCACGAGUACUAUUUAUCAAAUUGGCUGGGACAGCAAGAAGAGAUCCAUCGAAUUGUUGUGUACCAAAGUGAUUCUUGGAUGUCUGAAUGGACCAAAAGAUGUAUCAGACAGGCAGAUGCAAUCCUCAUUGUUUGUCUUGAUGAUGGAGAUCCGCAUUCUGUUGGAGUGCUUGAAGCCGAGUUGGAAAGAAUGACGUCUGUAAGAGCACAGAAGGAUUUAAUAAUCCUUUAUCGAGAAGAUAACUUCGAGAAACCUGCAGGAACUGUCGAAUGGCUCAAUGCCAGGGGCUGGAUCUCAGCACAUCAUCAUGUACGCUGCCCAAAGAAAGUGUUCAGCCGACGCAAUUUGGCUCAAAGGUAUGCCCAAGAUGCGAACUACGAAAUACCGGCUAGGACAUCUGACUUCGCUCGACUUGCAAGAAGGUUGACUGGUACAUCAAUUGGCCUUGUAUUGGGCGGAGGAGGUGCCAGAGGAUUUGCACAUGUUGGAAUCAUCAAGUCCCUUGAAGAGGCUGGUAUUCCUAUCGACAUGGUAGGAGGUACAAGCAUGGGUGCCUUUAUCGGAGCUCUUUAUGCAGAAGAUGCAUCUUCGUUCAAACUGAUACAGAGAUCUCGCAGUACGGCAAAAAUCAUGUCAUCGAUAACUGCCAAAUUGUUUGAUCUAACAUACCCUCACACGUCACUUUUCUCAGGCAAAAGUUUCAAUAAGGAGAUAUCAGACACAUUCGGAGAACGACUCAUGGAGGAUAUGCUUCUGCCAUAUUUUUGUAUCACGACAGACAUUACCAACUCAAGGAUGAGGGUGCAUCAAACCGGUUCCAUUUGGCGAUAUGUCCGGGCUAGCAUGAGUCUAGCAGGCUACCUACCACCACUCUGUGAUCCCACUGAUGGUAAUCUUUUGUUGGAUGGUGGCUACGUUAAUAAUCUUCCAGCUGAUAUUAUGAGGUCACUGGGUGCUGAAACAAUAAUAGCAGUUGAUGUGGGUUCUGUUUACGAACCUCGUCAGACCAACUACGGGGACUCUUUAUCAGGCUGGUGGUUGUUAUGGAAUAAAUGGAAUCCGUUUACAUCUACUGUUAAGAUUCCUGAUAUGCAAGAAAUCCAGAGCCGCCUAGCAUACGUGUCAUGUGUUCAACAGCUUGAGGAAGUGAAGAGCUCAAGCUAUUGCCAUUAUGUCCGGCCUCCCAUUGACAACUUUAAAACCUUACAGUUUGGCAGCUUUGAAGAGAUUAUGACAAUUGGCUAUCACUACGGCCAAGGUGUAUUUCAGAGUCUGUUGAAGGGCAACGCUUUGCCAGAUAUGCUUUGCAGUUGUGAAGCAAAAAAACCUAAGGGAACAGCUAGAGACGUAGGUCCAGUAUCGCCUUCGUUCACAGCCCUUGCUGAAUUAGCAUCGCGAAUUCACCCGCCCACUUCACGAUCAUCAUCCGAAUGGCUUUCCUCCGGACAAUCUAUUUCAAAUUUACUGAUAUCAAAUACUGAACUUGAUUAUGAUGAUGAUCAAGACGAGGAUAUUCUUCUUGCACGACGAGCUCGCUCUGGGUCGCUGUCUGAUCAGGAUUUGUUACAUGACGGAGAAUUCCACAGCGGUAUCGAAGAGGCAGGCUACGAGUCUGAGGACCCAGCCAAGUUGAAGCAGAUGAGAAAGAAAGCUGCCAUAUUUUUACGAACGAACAGUAAUGCUGUGUGAAUCACCUUCCUUUUUGUAGGCUUUGUAUACGAAUGUAUCUUUAAAUGUUUGUUAGAGCUUGGCAAGUUUAUACUUUAACGGUGCAGUUUCGACCAGCCUUUGAUAUGGCGCGCUUUGAGUGGCGUUUGAGUGUAUCUCUUGAUUGUUGAUACAGUUGAAGAUAUGUAUCAUAGGUAGAGUAAAGAAAAUAUAAUGUUUUGCCAUUACUUGAGGUUUGUUAGAAUGUUUUCAGAAUUCCAAGAAAUACUAGAUUUGUUACUGUGGAUUCCAGCUGAGUAUUUUAAAACUCAUUAUUUCAAUUCUUACGUAUGUUAAGCUAACUAACUUGGACGGAAGCUGUCCAUUCUCUUUAUCUUAAAAUACAUUAAACCCCUGAAAAUCCAAUCAACGUGAUAUCAGUUUAUCCGACGAUUAGUGCUACUUUCUUCAGUAACUUCCUAAUGCUGUAAUUUAAGGCUCCUUAACGAUGAUUAGAGAAGGUCAAUUUUGAUCUUUGGAAAUGCUCAGCGAAUGAAGUUCAACCAAGAGCACGUUCUCAGCCAUCUUGCUUCCUACGAAGACCCCGAAAAACCCUUAUCAAACUCUUUUAGCAGUUGGGACAAUUUAUUCGUGCUGCCAUUAUUAUGCCACUCCCCUGUCCCCAAAUUUAACUAUUAAGGCCCAGUUCCACUUCGUUCGGAUUUUGGAUACGAACUAAUUAUCAAUUUAACUUCUUUUAAAGCGAGAGGCAAAUCACUUCAUAAAAAUCUCGUACACCUUUGGUGGAAAUCCUAUUGUUUUAUGAGAAAAUCCCUGGAAAUCCGUUUGUUUUUGUGGAGAUCUGGUACACUUUUUGCAAGAGUGAACUACCCUUCGUUCUAAAGGACAUAUUUGUUCCAAGAGUGUAGCAUUCGAAGUUUGAGAAUUAUUUUCGUAAAUAUAAAUAGAAUUGCAGAUUUUUUCAUAAAAGAGUCCGAAUGGUUGUAUUGGUAACUAUUUAGAAUGUCUUGUCCUAGUAUUAAUAUAUUUUCUUUGAGUGAACACAAAUGUUUAGUGCAUUGAAUGGCGAAUUUUGGCGUCUGUAUGA